GCAAUGCUAACCUGGGAGCACCCAGUUAUGCUUGCAAGCAACACCGCCUCAACGAAAAAGCUAGCCUUCGUUACCACCUUCCUCAUCAUUGUGUUAUGUCCGGUCACAAUGGUCAUGUCUCAGCCGCAGGCGGAUGUUGUGCCACUGCCAGGCUCAGACGCAGAUUGUCUCUUGCGAUUCAAAGACACUUUGGUUAAUGCAUCGUUCAUUAGCAGUUGGGAUCCUUCCAUCUCCCCGUGUAAGCGAAACUCGGAGAAUUGGUUCGGCGUUCUCUGUGUUACCGGUAAUGUCUGGGGCCUACAACUCGAAGGAAUGGGGUUAACCGGGAAGCUAGACCUUGAACCAUUAGCUCCAAUCAAGAAUCUACGAACCUUAAGCUUCAUGAACAACAAAUUUAACGGUUCAAUGCCAUCUGUCAAGAAUCUCGGUGCGUUGAAGUCAUUGUACUUGUCUAACAACCGGUUUACAGGGGAGAUACCCGCCGAUGCGUUUGAUGGUAUGCAUCAUUUGAAGAAGCUUCUGUUGGCUAACAACGCGUUUCGGGGGAACAUCCCUUCUUCUUUAGCUUCUUUGCCAAUGCUUUUAGAGUUGAGGGUAAAUGGGAAUCAGUUUCAUGGGCAAAUACCUGAUUUUAAACAGAAGGAUCUUAAGUUGGCUAGCUUCGAAAACAAUGACCUCGAGGGACCUAUACCGGGAAGCCUUAGCAACAUGGAUCCUGUCUCCUUUUCAGGGAACAAGAACUUGUGUGGUCCUCCACUAAGCCCAUGUUCGAGUGAUUCGGGAUCUUCUCCGGAUCUCCCUUCUAGUCCCACGGAGAAGAACAAGAACCAAUCUUUCUUCACCAUUGCUAUUGUUCUGAUUGUUAUUGGGAUAAUACUAAUGAUCAUUUCGCUUGUGGUCUGUAUCCUUGAUACCAGAAAACGGAAAUCUUUGUCGGCCUAUCCAUCCGCGGGUCAGGACAGGACAGAGAAAUACAAUUAUGAUCAAUCCACGGACAAGGAUAAAGCCGCAGAUUCUGUAACGAGUUACACUAGUAGGAGGGGAGCAGUACCAGAUCAGAAUAAACUCUUGUUUUUGCAAGAUGACAUUCAAAGAUUUGACCUUCAAGAUCUUCUUAGAGCCUCUGCUGAAGUUCUUGGGAGCGGAAGCUUUGGUGCUUCUUAUAAAACUGGGAUAAAUAGCGGACAGAUGCUGGUCGUGAAGAGGUAUAAACAUAUGAAUAAUGUCGGAAGAGAGGAGUUUCAUGACCAUAUGAGACGGUUAGGAAGAUUGAACCAUCCAAAUCUGUUGCCUAUUGUGGCUUACUAUUACCGCAGAGAAGAGAAGCUCUUGAUCGCUGAGUUCAUGCCAAAUCGUAGCUUGGCAAGCCAUCUUCACGCGAAUCAUUCUGUGGAUCAACCUGGAUUGGAUUGGCCAACAAGGGUAAAGAUUAUACAAGGAGUGGCUAAGGGUUUAGGUUACUUGUUCAACGAGCUAACAACCCUAACAAUCCCUCACGGUCAUCUCAAGUCAUCGAACGUUGUAUUGGACGAAACAUUCGAGCCUCUCUUAACCGAUUAUGCACUAAGACCGGUGAUGAACUCAGAGCAGUCUCACAAUCUAAUGAUCUCAUACAAAUCACCAGAGUUUCCGGAGAAUUAUCUAAGCCAAGGGUACGAUGCUAACAUGAGCCUCGUAACUUGGGUCAGCAACAUGGUUAAGGAGAAGAAAACGGGUGACGUGUUUGACAAGGAAAUGACUGGCAAGAAAAACUGCAAAGCAGAGAUGCUAAACCUUUUGAAAAUCGGGUUGAGUUGUUGCGAAGAAGAUGAAGAAAGGAGGAUGGAGAUGAGAGAUGCUGUGGAGAAGAUAGAGAGGUUAAAGGAAGGAGAAUUUGACAAUGAUUUCGCAUCGACUACACAUAAUGUCUUCGCUUCUCGGUUGAUAGACGACGAUGACUUUGGUUUCGCCAUGAAUCGAUGAUGAAACUGAUCAGUCUUCUCCAGAACAAUGGAAAAAGCAAAACAAUUUGUAAUCUUGAUGCCAAACAAAAAGAAGAAUUUCUUUUUGUUCUUUGUUAUGUAACUUUUUCCAUCCUUAUAAAUCACUCUCUUCGUGUAAUUGUAAAUUCAUUUUGCAGAGUUUUGAAAGUUUAUUCGUUUGAUUGUCCCAUUUCUUACUUCACAAGUACAAGAAUCGAAUCCAUGCAGAAAAAUAAUGAAUUCAUGCUUAG